AUGACCGACACGCUUCCCACAUUGCCCAGCUUCGGGCUCGAACUCCCACAGUCUGCAAUUAUUACUGCGGCGCUGAAAUUUGCCAAGGAGCAUUGCAACAUACUGACUUACAACCAUGCCGUGCGCUCGGCCUACUGGGCGGCCAUUAUUGCCAAAAAGGACACAUCCUUUUCCGGCAGUCAAGUAGACAUGGAGCUCGUCGUUCUCAGCUGUGUCCUGCAUGACAUGGGCUGGGCCGAGACGAAAGACUUACUCUCCUCGGAUAAACGGUUCGAAGUCGAUGGCGCCAACAUCGCGCGUGACUUUAUCAACAAGUUCAACGCAGAGCAGGGAGCGAAUGCUUCGCCUUGGGACCAGCACCGCAUCCAACGAUGCUGGGACGUGAUUGCCCUGCACACCACGUUUAGCAUUGCCAGAUACGCCGCUCCCGAGGUCGCUGUCGCGGCGUGUGGCAUUUUUGCCGACUUUCAGGGACCGUACUUCCCCAACGGCCCUGGCGGCGACAACUUGAUCACGUUGGAUGAAUACCACGCCGUCAUGAGUCUCUUCCCACGUGCGGGAUUCACAGUCGACGGCUUCACGCAUCUCAUGUGCGGCAUCUGCCGUGACAAGGCUUCUACGACAUAUGACAACUUCGUCGGCGAGUUUGGCACACAGCAUGGUGUGGAUGGGGCGGGAGCAGGAAAGGAGGCUUUUGCGCAAGCGCAGCAGAGCGCGAGUGUUGUCAAGUUACUUGUGGGCGGUCUAGAUGCUUUGGAAAAGUUGGACAAUGACAAGGGAAGCGCCCGGUAG